AUGGAGACGGUGCCUUAUGCUAAUGUCGUGGGCUGCCUUAUGUAUGCAAUGGAAAGCAACAUUGAGAUGCAGUCAAGUGGAUUUUGCGUUAUUUUAAGGGUUCUUGGGGACAAAGGAUUAUGGGACUUGGACAAGAGAAGGAGGACCGAUAAGUUGAAGGGCACUGCUGCAAUCAAUUAUAGCUUUGUCGAGCACAGAGGCAGAGUAUAUUGCAUUGGCCGAAGUUGGAAAGGAAGCAAUUUGGCUUCAUGGCUUGGUAAGUCAAAUGGGAAUCACCUAAGAUUGUGUGAAGCUGAAGUGUGA